AUGGUGUAUCUCAACCGAACGAGUAUCGCGUCGAACCGAUCAUUCCGCUUCUCCCUCCUACACCUCACGGACAGCCUCGUCGGGAAUCUCGGCGCGCCGCUGCAACUAGACACGAUGUCUGGUGAAGAGCCCGUACAGGGGGCGUCCUCCUAUCAAUCGUCAUAUGACCCGCUGGCUUCAGGCCUGCUGCUAGAUCCCGAAGAGGGGCCGCUCUUGAGCACAUCAACGUUAUCUCGGGAUUCUUUCCUCGAGACGCCGAUCUCGUCGAGCUUCUAUACGUCGCCCGUCCAAGUAUCGCCUCUCGAAGUGAACGAUCUGUUUGACGACACUGAGUACGGCGUAUCCAUUCUAUCUGUGAUGCAUCGUGGGGAUACUGAAAUGAAAGAGAGGGAGAAAGGCAGUGUGGGCAGUGGUGUGGACGACUCGGAGAUCUGUGAUCUUCUUGAGAGGGAUAGGGAGAGAUUCACAACAUCCUUUGUGGAAGCAUAG